AUGCUUCCGUUGCUCCUCUCCCCGCUCGCGCGCGCGGAAUCCGCGCUUCUUCGCCGCCCUGCGCCCUCUCCUGCGGCCGCCGCGCCCGCCGGGGACCAAGAGGUGAUAUGGGAGCUCCACGGUGACAGGUGGCGGCGCCUGAUUGGCGGAGACAGCAGCAGCAGCGCGAGCAGCAGCAAGGGGAAGAAGGGCCAGCUAGUGGUGGAAGUUGAACUGGAAGGCGAGGAAGCUGCUAACGCGUACGAGGAGGAACACGGACGCGUUGUAAAGGGGAUCGUUACAAGCACGGGGAAUGGCAACGGGAAGGCCGCAGGGGGUAGGGUUUUAGCGGGGGAGGAGGAUGAGCGGAGCAGAGGGGGGGAUAUGGUUGCGCGGGUGGUGAGGGGAGUGAAAGCGGCGGUGGUGAGAUGGAUGUUACCAGAGGGUUAUCCCGAUAGUGUGACUCCUGACUAUAUGGAGUACACAGUGUGGCGCAUGCGGCAAACAGUGGCGAGCGAAAUGAACCACGUGCUUACAACGCAGGACACGGGAUCAGUCACAGUCACGUCACACAACCACACUCUCUCCCUCUCUUUCCUCCCUCUCUUCCCUCUCUCCCUCCCUUUCUCUCUUCCCUCUCUCGCUUCCCUCCCUCUCUUCCCUCUCUCCCUCCCUUUCUCUCUUCCCUCUCUCGCUUCCCUCCCUCUCUUCCCUCUCUCCCUCCCUUUCUCUCUUCCCUCUCUCGCUUCCCUCCCUCUCUUCCCUCUCUCCCUCCCUUUCUCUCUUCCCUCUCUCGCUUCCCUCCCUCUCUUCCCUCUCUCCCUCCCUCCCUCUCUUCCCUCUCUCGCUUCCCUCCCUCUCUUCCCUCUCUCCCUCCUGCAGGCAAUGCUGUACGCGGUGGGGCUGGGAAAAGGCGCCAUCCCAGCAGCAGCCGCGGUCAACUGGGCAAUGCUGUACGCGGUGGGGCUGGGCAAGGGCGCCAUCCCAGCAGCAGCCGCGGUCAACUGGGUCCUAAAGGACGGGCUGGGCUACGCAGCAAAAGUCACGCUCUCCCAGUUUGGCCGCCAUUUCGACGUCUCCCCCAAGCGCUCGCGCCUCCUCUCCGACCUCGUCGAGAACCUCUCCGCCUCCCUCGAGCUCCUCACCGCCACCUUCCCGCAGUACUUCGUUCAACUGGCUGCUGCAGCCGGGGCAGGGUUCUCUGCUUCCAGUCUCGUGCAGAGUGCCACGAGAAACCGGUUUUACGCCGGGCUGGCAGGCAGAAGAAAUUUCGCCGAGCUCCUCACCGCCACCUUCCCGCAGUACUUCGUUCAACUGGCUGCUGCAGCCGGGGCAGGGUUCUCUGCUUCCAGUCUCGUGCAGAGUGCCACGAGAAACCGGUUUUACGCCGGGCUGGCAGGCAGAAGAAAUUUCGCCGAGCUCCUCACCGCCACCUUCCCGCAGUACUUCGUCCAGCUGGCCGCUGCUGCCGGGGCGGGGUUCUCUGCUUCCAGCCUCGUGCAGAGUGCCACGAGAAACCGGUUUUACGCCAGGCUGGCAGGCAGAAGAAACUUUGCCAAGCUCCUCACGGCCACUUUCCCGCAGUACUUUGUGCAACUGGCCGCUGCUGCCGGGGCCGGGUUUUCCGCGUCCAGCCUCGUGCAGAGCGCCACGCGGAACCGAUUUUAUGCUGGAUUGGCGGGCAGAAGAAACUUUGCUGAGUAUAUCGUCCAGCUGGCCGCUGCGGCCGGAGCGGGGUUUUUCCGCGUCGAGCCUUGUGCAGAGCGCCACCAGGAACCGGUUUUAUGCUGGCCUGGCGGGCAGAAGGAAUUUUGCCGAGGUGAGAUGAUUCUGCCUUGGGUUGGGCAGGUGAGAGUACCGAUGGGGCAGGUGACAGGGCCUGUGGGCGGGCAUUCCCUCCCUCUCUCCGCUUCCCUCGAGAUCCUCACACUCGCAGUAAUUCGUCCAGCUCGCUGCUGCUGCUGGGGCGGGGUUUUCAGCAUCGAGCCUCGUGCAAAGCGCCACGAGGAACCGGUUCUAUGCCGGGCUGGCGGGCAGAAGAAAUUUCGCCGAGGUGAGAGGGCCUGUGAAGGAGCAUUUCCCCCCUGCCUCUCCGCCUCCCUCGAGCUCCUCACAGCCACCUUCCCGCAGUACUUCGUGCAGCUGGUCGCUGCUGCUGGGGCGGGGUUUUUGGCUUCCAGUCUCGUGCAGAGCGCCACCAGGAACCGGGCCUGUUGGGGGGCACUCCCUCCUCCCUCCGCCUCCCUCGAGCUCGUCACAGCCACCUUCCCGCAGUAUUUCGUCCAGCUGGCGGCUGCUGCCGGGGCGGAGUUUUCUGCUUCCAGUCUUGUUCAGAGUGCCACGAGGAACCGGUUUUACGCUGGAUUGGCGGGCAGAAGAAAUUUUGCCAAGGUGCUAGCACGCGCAGAGGCACAGGGCAUGGUGAGCAAGACAUUGGGGAUGGCACUAGGCAUCGCCAUCGCUCCACACGUGGGCAACCGGGGCCCUCUACUCUGGGCGACUCAUGGCCUGCUGUCCGCCGCGCACCUGUUCUGCAACUACCGCUCGUACAAGGCUGUACAACUCAGGACACUCAACCCCUUCAGAGCAGAUAUUGUCCUGGCAGAGUAUGUGACCAAUGGCAGGGUGCCAGGUGUCAUUGACGUCAACUCACAGGAGCCCAUUCUGCCGCCCCUCAAAUCGAUAUUUUCGCCCAAGCGAGAAUUGGAUCGAGUUUGGGGUGCCCUUGGCAGCAGUGGCGCACACAGAGAGACGUCUCAACCCGCACCUUCUCCCCAUUUCCUCUCCGUUCCCUUCUACUCCAAUGACAAUCCACCACCAGCGCCUGGGACAGGGAGCGAGAACUGGAUCGAGUUUGGAGUGCCUUUGGCCGCAGUGGCGCACACAGAGCGGGAGGCAGAGACCAUGGCUGAUAUAUUCCGAGGAGAGAAGUAUUUGCUUGGGCGGGACGAGCGAACUGGACAGAUGCAGGUUGUCUUGAAGGAAGGAGCACUCCCUCGGGAUUUCCUCAGAGCAGCCCUGCAAGCUGCCUACCACUAA